AUGUGGAGUCGAGAUUUUCGACGAGGCCGAGGUCGAGGUGGACCACCUCUUCAUCGCCCGUUCAUCGAGUCUCCACCAACAAUCCAGAUAGACAAGGAGAUCAGAGAAUAUGUUACCAAGGCGGCUCGUUCUGGUACGCCUGGGACUUGGACCGCGAAGCCUGAAUUACCAGCCUCUGGAGAGAUCUUGGGCCUUGAUGAUGGAGAGGUAAUUUCUCUGGGUGUCAAUCAGCUUCAGGGCCCGUGGCCAUCGAGUGAAAACUACUUGAAGACUCAUUACGAGCUUCUCCGUGAGGAUGCAGUUGCCCCGCUGCGAGAUGCUGUUGCGUAUUUCCGUCAUGACCCGAAAAUGUCAGACUCCCCUCAUUGCUGUGUCUAUGAAAAGGUUCAUAUGGUCGGAAUGACCUUUGCACAAGCUGGCAUCGCGGUCAGAGUCCAAUUCUCCACAGUUAGAGCAGGCAAGAAAAUUGUAUGGGAAUACUCAAAGCGGUUGAUGACAGGAAAUAUUGUGGCGUUAUCUCCAGCAAACGAUGCAUUCCAAACUAAAUGUAUCGUAGCGACUAUUGCCGCAAGACCUUUGGAUGGCCUAAAAGCAUCACCACCCGAGAUAGACCUCUUCUUUGCACGCCCAGAAGACGCUGAAUUUGACUAUCAGCAGGCGUGGGUCAUGGUCGAGGGCAGGGUUGGAUAUUUUGAGGCUGCUAGACAUACCUUGAGUGCGUUGCAGAAGCUGACAAGUGAGAGCUUUCCUCUCUCGGAAUACAUCUGCGAUCUUAAGCCUAAGAUCGAGGCCCCGCGGUAUCUGCAGGAAAACCCCAUGAUUAGGAUGUCCACGGUACUACCUGAUGAAAAUAUCUCCCAAACUAUCGAUAUCAACAAAGAAUGGCCUAAACACCCUGAAUCUCUCGACCCGUCGCAAUGGAAAGCUUUCCAGCAGAUAAUGACAAAAAGAUUAUCGAUAGUUCAAGGUCCACCAGGCACAGGAAAAACUCACGUCUCUGUUAUGGCUGUAAAAGCGAUGCUGGAUAAUAUUCAGCGUGGUGACCCCCCCAUAAUUAUCGCCGCGCAGACAAACCAUGCACUGGAUCAACUUCUGCGCCAUAUCUCGAAGUUUGAAGAGAAAUACGUUCGUCUAGGUGGAAGGAGCAUGGACACCGAUAUCAGGAUGCGCACUGUAUUUGAGUUACGGAAAAAGAACAAUCUGCCAUCUACUAUCGGGGGUGCCCUUGGCCCUGCUAGGAAAGAGUUGCGUGAGCUGACAGAGCAGGUUAUUGAGUUACUAUCUCCAUUCAGGAUCGAAAAUGCUCGCGCCCCUCUGCAGCCAUCGUUGUUUUUGAACAUGGGAGUUAUCUCUAUAGCCCAGCAUGAUUCACUCAUCAACGGCGCUGCUGGAUGGGUACGUGCAGGUGACCAGGCUGACCCGAUGUCAGUGUGGCUUGGUGAUAGCCUGGUAAAAUUUGAAGUCCUCUAUAAACAGGAAACUUUUGGUUUUGCUGAGGAAGAUAUAGAUCUCGAGUAUGAGCAACUGAAAGAGCUUGAGGCGGAGCAUGGCUUAGACGAUGAUGACUAUGAAACCCUGAAAGGCCAAUACAUCGGCAUGAGGGAGUUUUGUACCGCCCGGGGACCUGCCAUCUACUCAGGGAAAUCCGUUGAAAGCAACUACUUGAAGUACGAAGACAUGUGGAAGAUCCCCAGCGGUGCCCGCGCUGCGACUUACGCGUUGCUUCAGAAGCGUGUAAAGGAAGUGGUACGUCGCAAGUUUUGUGGCAUGCUCGAGAGGUACAACACCGUAUGCAGGAACCUCAAGAUUGGGAAAUGGGAAAGAGAUUCUAUCAUACUUCGAGAUUCACGAGUAGUUGGCAUGACUACUACGGGUCUGAGCAAGUAUCGGGCUCUUGUCUCAAGCCUCCAUCCAAAGAUCAUAUUGAUCGAAGAGGCUGCUGAGGUUAUUGAGUCCCCUGUUACUGUAGCUUGCAUGGAGUCCCUGCAACAUCUUAUUUUAGUUGGUGACCAUCAGCAGCUCCGGGGUAGUUGCUCCAUGCAGGAACUGGAAGGAGACCCAUUUUAUCUCAACAUCUCGAUGUUUGAAAGGCUUGUUCGAAACUCGAUUCCGUUCAGGCGCUUAACUAGCCAAAGACGUAUGGCCCCAGAGAUUCGACGAAUCCUCUCGCCCAUCUACAGUGACCUGCUUGACCAUCCCAGCGUCCUGACCCGGCCAGAUGUACCCGGUAUGGGAGGAAUCAACUCCUACUUCUUCACACACACAUGGCCUGAAUCUUUUGAUAGCUUGUCUUCAAAAUACAACGCGAAUGAGGCAAAAAUGAUUGUAGGCUUCUAUGUCUAUCUUCAUAUGAACGGUGUUCCUGUUCAGGAUAUCACCGUUCUAACAUUCUACAAUGGGCAACGUAAAAAGAUUCUCAAAGCAUUGAAAGAUAACCCACUUUUCCAAGGACAAUACGCAAAAGUUGUUACGGUCGACUCAUAUCAAGGAGAAGAAAAUGAAAUUGUGCUCUUAUCCUUAGUACGAAGCAACGACUACGAUAAUAUUGGCUUCCUUGCAACCGAAAAUCGCGUCUGUGUUGCCUUAUCUCGCGCCAAACGUGGUUUUUAUAUCUUCGGCAAUGCAGAAUCGCUGGCUAUAUCCAACGGCUUAUGGUGGCAGGUGACACAAAUAAUGAGAAAGGAGCCGAAGCGUUUGGGAUACUUCUUACCCCUAACAUGCAAGAAGCACCAAACUAGGACUUUGAUUAGCAAUGAAAAUGCAUGGUCGGAUAACGACGGUGGAUGCUCGCAACGAUGCGGAGAGAAAUUAAGCUGUGGUCAUACAUGCCCUCUACUUUGCCAUGCCCUCUGCCAUUCCAAGCUACAAUGUCAAGUGAAAUGCGACCGCACGCUUCCAUGUGGUCACAAGUGCACCGACCUAUGCUUUCGUGAUUGCAAAUGUCCUUGUGCAUCGGCAAAUCGCCCGGCACUCUCAAGCACGGCAAAAAAACGGCCUGUUAUCCCCCGAGCAGCCGAAUUUCUCCUGUCCGAUGCAAAUGCUGAAGAACGCGCUUUGCUUGCUAAACGCUACCAAAACUUUGCGACUGGUGGUGGUGCCCAAAUUGAAGAUGCACGGUUGGCAAAAGAGGCAGAAAAUUUAGCCUUGCAAGAACGUUUGCAGAAGAUGGACGAAGAGGCGUGCAUAGACUUGUUUGGAGACGAAAAUUUGCCCAACUCGCCUACCAAGGCCAAGCAGGAGAUUUCCGAGGUCAUCUCUGGCGGGAAUGGUGGCGUUCGGAUGAAGUUCACACAGUUUUACUCUAACUCUGGGGCCCCAGCCAAGUAUGGUAAUGACGACGAUAAAGCGCCUAGCUUGCUAGAUUAA